GGGGCUGGGCUGCGCCGCGCGAAGAUGGCGGCCGGGCAGGGGGGCGGCGGCGGCGGUAACGGCGGCGGUAGCAGCAACAGCAGCGGCGGCAGCAGCAGCAAUAACAACGGGACGGGGGGGCUGGGGAUCCCCGCUCACCUCACUCUCUCCUUCUCGGCCGGGCCGCACUGGGGGGCGGCCACCCUUCCGCAGCCUCACACGGUGCGCAGCUUGGACCGGGCCCUGGAGGAGGCGGGCAGCUCGGGCAUCCUCUGUCUCAGCGGCAGGAAGCUGCGCGACUUCCCGGGCAGCGGCUACGACCUGAGCGACACCACUCAAGCAGAUCUUUCCAAGAACAGAUUUACUGAAAUUCCUCCUGAUGUCUGGCUUUUUGCACCACUGGAAACGUUAAAUUUGUAUCACAACUGCAUCAAAUCCAUUCCAGAAUCUAUAAAAAACCUGCAAAUGCUUACCUACCUGAACAUUAGUCGAAAUCUUCUAUCAACGUUGCCAAAAUACCUGUUUGAUCUUCCACUUAAAGUUCUGGUUGUCAGUAAUAAUAAGCUGGUCUCCAUUCCAGAAGAAAUUGGAAAGCUGAGAGAUCUAAUGGAGUUGGACAUUAGCUGCAAUGAACUUCAGGUUCUUCCCCAGCAAAUAGGAAAACUGCAGUCACUUAGAGAAUUAAACAUAAGAAGAAAUAAUCUCCAUAUGUUGCCAGAUGAACUAGGAGACCUUCCUUUGGUAAAGCUGGAUUUUUCUUGUAAUAAAAUUACAGAAAUUCCAAUUUGUUACAGAAAGUUACGUCACUUACAAGUAAUAGUUUUGGAUAACAAUCCAAUGCAGAUACCACCAGCACAGAUAUGCUUAAAGGGUAAAGUACAUAUAUUUAAAUUCCUCAGCAUUCAGGCAUGCCUCAGAAUAGAUAAAAAACCAGAUUCCUUGGAUCUUCCAUCGCUGGGUAAACGAAUCCCCUCCCAGCCACUCACAGACAGUAGCAUAGAGGACUUUUAUCCCAAUAAAAAUCAUGGACCAGACUCUGGUAUUGGAAGCGAUAAUGGAGAUAAAAGGUUGUCCACAACAGAACCAUCUGAUGAUGAUACAAUCAGCCUUCACUCCCAGGUAUCAGAAUCAACAAGGGAACAGACGUUGAGGAACGACAAUCAUGUAAUGGGGAAUAAACUCGAUCCACAGAAAGACCAGGAGGUGUAUGAUUACAUUGAUCCUAAUGCAGAGGAGGGAGCUGUUCCUGAGCAGGGAGAUGUACAGAUUGGACCAUUGCUGUCUUAUAUAAAGGAGCGAGGAAAACACCCUGAGAAAUCCCAAAAGAUUGAGCACCAUGAGGACUGGGGAGAUGAAAAAAGGCUUCAGAAAGAGCAGCUGCUGGCUGAAGAAGACGAUGAAAUCAAAGAAGUGACAGACUUGAGAAAAAUAGCUGCUCAAUUACUGCAGCAAGAACAAAAACACAGACGAAGGCCAUUAAGCUAUAGAACUUCAUUCAGUGAAAAACUCUUCCAGAGGACGAGGGCGGCAGGACGUGCAUCCAGGCUUCUCAAUCAUUCGGCCUCAGUAAGCACGAGGAACAGGCCAAAGCAACCAGUGGAGUCCGAAAAAUGCAUCUCAACAGAUGAAGUGAACUCCCCAGUGUCUCCGUACAGCUGGCAGCCACUGGAAAACCAGAAGGAUUCAGUGGACGAUCAGCGCUGGCCAGAAACACAGCCAAUAAUUUGGCAGAAUGAAGAAAGGAGGAGAAGUAAACAGAUUAGAAAAGAGUAUUUCAAGUAUAAAUCUUCCAGAAAGAGUUCAAGUGGAAAUGAAAACGAUGAGCAAGACAGUGAUAAUACUAAUGUGUCCCCACAGUCUCCUGUGUCAUCCGAGGAUUAUGAGAGGACUGAUAGUAACACUCAUGGUCCAUUUGGUCUCAAACCGAGGUCAGCUUUCAGCCGUGCAGCUCGCCAGGACUAUGGAGCAAUGGAUCCUGGAUUUACAAUGAGGAGGAAAAUGGAGCAUUUAAGGGAAGAAAGGGAACAAAUAAGACAACUUCGCAAUAAUCUCGAAUCAAGGUUAAAAGUAAUCUUGCCUGAUGACAUUGGGGCAGCUCUGAUGGAUGGAGUAGUUCUUUGCCAUUUAGCCAAUCACAUAAGGCCACGCUCUGUUGCCAGCAUUCACGUACCAUCGCCAGCAGUGCCUAAACUCAGUAUGGCAAAGUGCCGAAGAAAUGUUGAGAACUUUCUGGAUGCUUGUAAAAAAUUGGGCGUUCCACAGGAGAGACUUUGCUUGCCUCAUCACAUACUGGAGGAAAGGGGUCUGGUGAAGGUUGGCCUCACAGUUCAAGCUCUGCUUGAAUUGCCCACGUUGAAAGUAUCUCAGCUUUCCGCCAUGUAACGCUAUUUCUUGGAAGCUCUGGAGCAGUUCAGCUUCCUACAUAGGAUUCCUACAUAGGAACAUCCAAGCCAUCAAAAACUAACGUCUGUCCAGAUGCUGUAGAGAGCCUUACUUUGGAAUUAUACAUGAAAACCUUGGAGUCAGCUGACGUUAAAAUACCAUAACGAUUCGUUUCCUUUUGUAGUUGGAUGCACAAAGAUUUUGGUAGCAUCAGGUUUCCUUUCCAUUUAAAAGUUAAAACUUUAAGUUAAAAAUGGCCAUUUAGCAUCUCACAGUGUUACAGUUAAAUGCUGGGUUUCUUUUUCUACAUUGGAAACGGCUUUUGAAUUAAUUUAGAAGUACAAAGCCUGAUCCUCCUUGCUUGAAUUAUUAAGGUCAACUACUUGACUUAAAGGUAAAAUGGAAACAUGGCGAUGGUGUGAUGGUAAAAACGCAGUGACUGAUAGCUGUAAUCCACUUCCACUCACUUAGAAACCUUAACAUUAGUGUUCUUUCUUUUUAUUUUUGCACUCCUGAUUGUAACUUACGCACUUCCAACAUUGCCAGUAUUUAGUCUGAGUGUGUGGUGAUGCAAAACGAUAGGAAAAAGGACACUCUUGAGUUGUUUUUCAGUCUUCUAGGUUGGUGCCAAAUAUUUUUUUCAGUUGUACUGUAGAUUGUUUACAUGUGAAGUGCCUGUGUAACUGAUAACUCUUAAUAGUCUUAAACAUUUUUUGAGAUUUCUUUGUUGAAAAUAGAUAAAAUGGGAAUUUUUAAAUAUUUUAAUAGUUUUUUGUAAAAUCAAUACGUGGAGAUUUAACUGAUGCUUCACAUUUUUUGAUGUUGGGUGUUUUAAGUUUGUUGCACAGUUGAUUAUGUCGUUAUCUAAUAAUUAGAAAAGACUGUAAAUACCCUUUAUUUAUGAUAUUUAAUUUGAUAAUACCUAAUCUUUUUUUUGUUUGUUUUAAUGUAUUGUUGGAUAAACAAAGUUGUCUACUUUCCUUUGCUUGGGACAAACAAAUACACGUGGUGAGUACGAUGUGAGGACUCGUGGUGCAUACAGAGUAAUUUAGGACAUUUUGAUAAAACUGCCAAAAUCUCAGGUUUAUUCUGUGAAUUCCAGGACUUCCUGUAAUACUGCUCCUGAGUUCACAUCACAUUUUUACAAUUCCCAGUUACCCAUCAUUUAGUUGAGGAAUAUCUGUGUUUAUCUUUGUCACGUUUACAGGAUUUAUUGUGUGAUUUGCAUAAGAGUGCGGCAUAGCACCCAGAUCAGUUUGUACAGAUGUCACUGUGCUGAGACAUUGGACUUCUGCAAAAGCAGAAUUCCCACUGUGCUGCGUUGUUUGUUUGUUUUUUAUCUUCUAAAUGUGUUCUGCACAGAUUCUCAGUAUUUUGAGUGUAUUCUGAAUCCAUGCACAGAAUACACAGCUGAAUUCAUUUCCAAAAAGGCUGCAAGUAACUUGGCAAUUUUAGUAGCAGGUUGAAUUGGUUUGUUGAAUAGGUAGUUCAUAUUUAAAACAAACAAACAAAAAAAGCUUUGUCACAGGUAUUCUAUUCUAGGCUAAAUUAAUUUUGACUGAGGGAUGUGUCUGCCAUGUGUAUAACAGGAUUUGGUUCUGUCCUUUCCUCUAAGGUCUCACAGCUCAUUGAAAAGCUGAUGUAAAACUGCAUUUCCAAAGUCCUAGGUCUAAAAUCUCAACUUCCUUAAACAGAAUACACAUGUAAUCUGUAUUGCUUUGACCUUCUGAAAUGCUGUAGAUGCUGUAUCUCAAAUUGGUUUUUGUAUCGUUCACAUAAUACUCACAUUAACAAUUUACAUCUAUUUUUUACUGUAAUUCUGUGAUCUGAGGUCAUGCUAAGACUAAAAUCAGAAGUAAUGUGUUUCAUUAAGCAGAUUUCUUGUUGCUGUGUGCUGCAGCUGAAGAACACAACCAUCCAACAGGAGUAGCUCGUUGUCUUUCAGUUCCUUGCUGUGUAGCAUUUGAUGGCUGUAACAGUUCUGUUUUGGUUUGUUGGCCAUUGAAUUGCUGGCUGUGAAUUGUCACUUGAAAUUAUUUGGCUUAACCCAAUCCACACUACUACUUAAUUGUCAUUUGCAUAUUUUUUCUUGCUUUAAACACUUCUUAUCCAAAUAGAACUAAACUUAUCAGUUUACCAUAUCACAGCGCAAACAUUAAGAAUCCCCUUGAUGUAAUGUACCAGAUACUUACCAGUUUUAUGGGAUUACCACAUCAUCUCCUAGUAACAUAACUGGAUAUGGAAUUCAUGUCCUCAUCUUGAAUUGUACCUCUGAAAUUGAAAACUACAGAAAUAACCCUUUGUAACCACUCCAGAAUCCUUCCCCACGAGCGUGCUGGGAACAGCCUUGCUUUGCAUUUCUUUGGAAAUUAUUCUUUGGAAAUUAUUACAGCCUUCUUAAUGCCAAUGGGGAAAAUAACUUAUGGUUCUGAGAGGAUUUCCUUUUUAGCACUGCAAAAAGUUAAGACUUUCCAGGGUCUUUGGGAGCAAUCUGAGCAAAGGUCUGCUGUACCUGAAUGAAUCUCUUCUCAUUUUCCUGUAGCCACAUUUCCAAAUAGUAUUCUGGAGCAAUGCUCCAAAACAAAAAAACAACCAAUAUACAAAAUGAAAAUGAAGCUACGUUAAGUUUUCCUGAUGAAUUUAAGAGUUAAGUAGGGUGCUUUUAUUACUGCAAUAAUGUGAUAUGCUCUAUAAGCUGGAGUGAAUCAGCAUGCUGACAGGGCUUCUGCCUGCCUGUAUUUUUUUUCCUGUUUUCUCUGCUACUGGAUGCAGCACACGGAUGCUUUAAGCAAUAAUGUUCCAGUUAUUGUGGUCUUAUAGCAGUGGCAUUGAAAGAAUAGCUGUAAAGGAUGGGGACUUGAGACGCUGUAUUUCAGAAAUGCUUCACAUCUAGUUUGUAAUGCUGCCAGUCUGCUGUGUUGGUCAGGGGUUGCUGGCUGUCCAGAAACCUUCUAUACACAUCUAUCUGAAGGUCUAUCAAAAUAUAACCAAAAAUUAAAUUAUUGUAAGAUACAGAAGCAUGCAUUUUGAACAGUAGAUGUCUGACAUGGAUUGUAGGAGUGUCUGGGUGAAGUCCUGGCUUCAGUGAAGUCAGGGCAUACUUUGGUUUCAGUAGAAGAUUUUAUCUUUUUAGGCAAAACAUGAGUUGUGUGACACGAGCGAAGCUGCAGUGUCAUCUGGGCUAAAGCAGUGGUCUCUGGUUAGUGCUAUAUAUUACUGAUUUAUCUACUACAUGCAAAUAUUCUAAUGUGCCAUACCGUAUUAAGGUGGUGGAAAAAAUAUUCUUAAGCACAGCUUUCGUACUAUGGGAAGGUCUGUCACCUCAAUAAAAUUGGAUGGUGAUAGGACAAGGGGGAAUGGUUUUAAACGGGGGAGAUGGGAGGUUUAGGUUGGAUAUUAGGAGGAAGUGUUUCACCCAGAGGGUGGUGACGCACUGAACAGUUGCCCAAGGAGGCUGUGGAUGCCCCAUCCCUGCAGGCAUUCAAGGCCAGGCUGGAUGUGGCUCUGGGCAGCCUGGGCUGCUGGUUGGCGACCCUGCACAUAGCAGGGAGGGGUUGGAACUGGAUGGUCAUUGUGGUCCUUUUCAACCCAGGCUAUUUUAUGAUUCAUUCUAUGAUUCAUCUCGCUUUGAAACUGAAGUUUUUUGCACUGAAAACUUUCUUAUUACAAAUACUUUAUUGCUUAGCAAUGGUCUUCUCAGCUUAACGUAAGGCUGGCCAAAUUUAAACAAAAAAAAAUGGAGACAUCUAUUUUCACUAAAACCAAAUUUCUGUGCCUUCUCCAUAUUGAAGAGAAGGAUGAAGGGUUGGCGUUACGCACUUGUGCCAAUUCAAUUUUUUAAAUAUUUAUUAAAGAAAGCAAAAUAGCUCUUGUGUGUGAUACAGGUGGUCUCUGUACCAAUGCAGAGGACUCUAUACCAACGCAGAGGUCACGUGUGUCAGUAAUGUACCAAAUCCCAGUCAAGCAGUAAGCGAGACUCUAUUCAGCGAUAACUCAAACCAAUCUAUAUCUAUUUCUAAUCUCAGCAGUGUGGAUGUCAGCUGGACACAGUGCAAGCGUGAGGUUUUUGGAGGAGUUCUUGGCACUUUCUGCAGACAGGAGAUGACUCUUUGUUGGUGAAUGAAACUUGUUGUUUUCCUCCCCAGAUCAGACUAACACGUGUUUCUUUCAAGAGGUGCAUCUUAUUUAAACACUGACCUUUCCUUGGAAAAGCAAGCUUGAAAACCCCACUCCUCCGCAACGCACACACAGCCAAUGAAAUAUUUCCUGUUUACAGAUGACCCUUUUGAAUUAAAAUAAUAAAAUUCUGCUGAUCUUGAUUGUUAAAGUGGAGGGAAUGUGAUUAACUCAGUGCCGGAUUAAUCUCGCCACUCCAGGAGCAGUUCUGCCUCCCGUGUUUUUUAUGCAGUGAACUGUGGCUUUGCUUUAUUUGCCUGUAGGUAUUUCACACAGUGCAGUUCUGACAGUGUGCAUCCUGCACUCAUGGCUGCAGUUGCUCCAUUGCUGCUUUUGGCAUUUCUCUGAGAUAGGAAGCAAAGGGGAUUGCCGUAAGCAGCACAGUUUCUCUGGAAGGAAUAAGAGUUGAUGUAAACAUGACAUCAUCGGUCAUUUGUAGUUCAGAUGUUUUAUAGCCAGCUACACUUUCUAAGAAGGGUUUUUAAAGAUAUUUUUCCUCAUUUACACGCAUCUUAGAGUACUGAUAUUCAAACGGAGCAGCUCCCAAAAGCCUUUCCAGGGUUUGUUUAUUCCCUUAGCAAACGUUAGAGAAGAACGGACUGAGCUGACAGCAGAUUGAAUUGUUUGGGGUACUUUCCAUUGCCUUCAGUGAGAGCAGAGUUUCCCUCGGUAGUUUUGUAAGUGAGCCACACCACAAAGUCAGACAUUGCAAAUGAGUUCUUGGCACUAACGAGGACUUCCUUGCUUACUUCAAAAUAGUGUGAAAUAUGGAAAACUUGACUUUUUUCCCCCCCCUCUUGUAGUUAUCUGAGGGCAGAUUAUGAAACAGCCGAUACUGGGACACGGCCACAAUGAAGCUUAUUUAUUUAAAAAAAAUAAAAAUAAAAAAUGAAGGAAUCAAUGAAAUCUCUCCAGAAUUGCUACAUACGUUGGUUGUGCCAUUCCUGGCACAAGAUCUCCCACUGGUCCGUAUCGAAACCUUUGCUGAAGAUGGUGCUCUUCGCUUGAGAAGUGUUUACUUGGCUCUGUCUACUGAACUGAAGUGUUCCAGUCAGCACUGCUGCAACCGUGGGGUUGAUUUCCCUGUCGCAAGGAUUGAUGUCUCUUGCACCAGCAGGUAAUGCUCUCAGUGCUGGAGAGGGGCACGUGGAGGCACUGCAGGACUGUUGGUGGGUUACGUUGGGAAUAAUGUGAAUACUUUUUGCUAUCGCGUGAUGUGUAGGACGAGGAAAACGUGAUUUGCUUUCGGUUAUCACUCGGUAUUCAGUUACUUUAUUUUGUAAGUUGUGAUUAUGAAACUCAGAAAACUCAAUGUAACCAAAUGAUCAGCGUGUAAACGUGUGCAGGACGGGAUGGAGGCAGUCCUGAGGCACGGUUGGAGAGUGAUCAUUGACAAAGAGAUGCUUCAGUUGUGUAUAUACUUCACGCACCCAUUUGAUAGCACGUUUGAAUUAGUUUUGCAUUUCCCAUUCUUGUAAAGUGCAUUUUCCACACUUCUGAAGGUUGCCCACCUGUACAAUAGUGUAUUCAGUGUUCUUUCAGGACUUCCAUUGCAGAUGGAGCUUCCAAUAUGUUUCUUUUGAAGAAAUGUUCCUACUGUUGCUUUUAUUUUUGUAAAUAGUUUCUUUUUUUGUAUUAAAUUUGCAUGGAUAAAACCCACAUUUCCAAAAGCAGUGUACAUAAUAUACUCUGUGUAUAAAAUAUAAACUGUUUCAUAA